GAGCGAGGAGCCUAGCCCAGAGUAGCGGGAGACACAGUUUGCGCUCGUGGUAUCAGGUGCAAGGCAGCCGUUAGUUGACUCCGCGGAUUUUCUGUCCCUGGUGUUCUUGCCUAACGUCGCUUGCCUAUCUUUCAGCCAGGAUGUCUGCCCGCGGCCCGGCUAUUGGCAUUGACCUGGGCACUACUUACUCGUGCGUGGGGGUCUUCCAACAUGGCAAAGUGGAGAUCAUCGCCAACGACCAGGGCAACCGCACCACCCCCAGCUACGUGGCCUUCACCGACACCGAGCGCCUCAUUGGCGAUGCCGCCAAGAACCAGGUGGCUAUGAACCCCACCAACACCAUCUUCGACGCCAAGAGGCUGAUCGGACGUAAGUUCGAGGACGCUACAGUGCAGUCGGACAUGAAACACUGGCCGUUCCGGGUGGUGAGCGAGGGAGGGAAGCCCAAAGUGCAGGUGGAAUACAAGGGAGAGAUCAAGACCUUCUUCCCAGAGGAGAUCUCCUCCAUGGUCCUCACUAAGAUGAAGGAGAUCGCCGAAGCCUACCUGGGGGGCAAGGUGCAGAGCGCAGUCAUCACCGUCCCGGCCUAUUUCAACGACUCGCAGCGCCAGGCCACCAAGGACGCGGGCACCAUCACGGGCCUCAACGUGCUCCGCAUCAUCAACGAGCCCACGGCGGCGGCCAUAGCCUACGGCCUGGACAAGAAGGGCAGCGCGGGCGGCGAGAAGAACGUGCUCAUCUUUGACCUGGGCGGCGGCACCUUCGACGUGUCCAUCCUGACCAUUGAGGAUGGCAUCUUCGAGGUGAAGUCCACGGCCGGCGACACUCACCUGGGCGGCGAGGACUUUGAUAACCGCAUGGUGAGCCAUCUGGCUGAGGAGUUCAAACGCAAGCACAAGAAGGACAUUGCGCCCAACAAGCGCGCAGUGCGGCGGCUUCGCACCGCCUGCGAGCGCGCCAAGCGCACCCUGAGCUCCUCCACACAGGCUAGCAUAGAGAUCGACUCGCUCUACGAAGGUGUGGACUUCUACACGUCAAUCACCCGCGCCCGCUUCGAGGAGCUCAACGCUGACCUGUUCCGCGGGACCCUGGAGCCGGUGGAGAAGGCGCUGCGCGACGCCAAGCUGGACAAGGGCCAGAUCCAGGAGAUUGUGCUGGUUGGUGGCUCCACCCGCAUCCCCAAGAUCCAGAAGCUGCUGCAGGAUUUCUUCAACGGCAAAGAGCUCAACAAAAGCAUCAACCCCGAUGAGGCGGUGGCCUACGGAGCAGCGGUGCAGGCGGCCAUCCUCAUCGGAGACAAGUCGGAGAACGUGCAGGAUCUGCUGCUACUCGACGUGACCCCGUUGUCGCUGGGCAUCGAGACGGCUGGCGGCGUUAUGACCCCACUCAUCAAGAGGAACACCACGAUCCCCACCAAGCAGACGCAGACCUUCACCACCUACUCAGACAACCAGAGCAGCGUGCUGGUCCAGGUGUACGAGGGUGAACGGGCCAUGACCAAGGACAAUAACCUGUUGGGCAAGUUCGACCUGACCGGGAUUCCCCCGGCACCCCGCGGGGUCCCCCAGAUUGAGGUCACCUUUGACAUCGACGCCAAUGGCAUCCUCAACGUCACCGCCGCCGACAAGAGCACCGGUAAAGAAAACAAAAUCACUAUCACCAACGACAAGGGUCGUCUGAGCAAGGACGACAUUGACCGGAUGGUGCAAGAAGCGGAGAGGUACAAAUCGGAAGACGAAGCCAAUCGCGACCGUGUCGCCGCCAAAAACGCCGUGGAGUCCUAUACCUACAACAUCAAGCAGACGGUGGAAGACGAGAAGCUGCGGGGCAAGAUUAGCGAACAGGACAAAAACAAGAUCCUCGACAAGUGUCAGGAGGUGAUCAACUGGCUCGACCGAAACCAGAUGGCGGAGAAAGAUGAGUUUGAACACAAGCAGAAAGAGCUGGAAAGAGUGUGCAAUCCCAUCAUCAGCAAACUUUACCAAGGCGGCCCUGGCGGCGGCGGCGGCGGGACCGGAGCCUCCGGGGGACCCACCAUCGAGGAAGUGGACUAAGCUUGCACUCCAGUCAGCGUAAACCUCUUUUCCUUUCUUUAUUAUUUUUUAAACUUAAUCUUCAUUGUAUUUUUCUCAUUACCAUAUAGUCCCCUUAUAUCCCCCUUCCCCCUUCUUUAUUUUUUUCCUUUUGUUUUUGUUUCUUUGAAAUGUCCUUGUGCCAAGUAGAGAUCUAUUGUUGGAAGUCUUUAGCCCGGUGUAUACAUAUGAAAGGAAAGGAGCAACAACUUAGUUUAAUUAUAAAAGGUUAGUUCUAAAGUUUGACUUUUAAAAACAUUAUUUGAGAUUUCUUUUAAAUGCAUUUUGCAUGUUUGCUGACUUGAGCAAUUUUGGUUAGCUUAUUUUUAGAUGGGAAACCUUAAGUUUGUGCACAUGUUCUAUGGAAGCUUGGUAACAAUAUAUAGAAGCUUGAAUUGUUUAGUUUUAUGUGCUAAGGAGGAAAGUCAACAUUGCAGUAAAGUCAAGAAUAGGCAUUCUUUUUGCACACAAUUGCAUAAAUACAAAUUUAAAGUAAAGCUGGAAUUGAUUUCAAAA